CUGGAGUGGUUGCUAUAGGAACUAGGAAAGCCGAUCUGAGGAUUACAGCAGACAAUCGAAGCAGAUUGAUUUUCACUGCCUAGGUUAAUAAAAAGAAUUUGAAAAUAGUAAAACCGUCAUGUCCUCUGUUUCCCAGGAGCUGAAGGACACUUCAGUGGCCAGCUCCAAAUGGCUUGAUGCCCACUAUGACCCAGUCGCCAAUCUAUACACCUUUUCCUCUUGCAUUGCUCUUUCAGAUUUGCAUGGAGAUGGUGAGAAUAAGCUGGUGGUGGGUGAUCUUGGCACGGGAGUGUGUCACAUGAAGCUAAAGGUGUACCGUGGCACUGGCCUGUUGAGUGAGAGCACCCUGCUGGACUUGCCCACUGGACUGGUCUCCUUCCUCAUGGACCUGCAUGAGCCACGGACACCGGCCAUCGCUGUGGCCUCUGGUCCCUUCAUAUACGUCUACAAGAACCUGAGGCCCUACUUCAAGUUCACGCUGCCUAGUCUGGAGGUGAACGCUCUGGAGCAGGACGUCUGGAGUCAGGCCAGGGAGGACAUGAUUGAUCCAAUGACCCUUAAAGAGAUGUUAGAAGGAUUGAGGGACAAAGCUGAAAUUCCACUCUCUGUCAGAUCGCUACGGUUCCUCAUGCUUGAGCCACAGGAAAUGGAGAGUUUUGUUCAUCUUUACAAAGAACAGCCUAUACGUAGACAGACGGUCAUUACCUGUAUAGGGACGAUGAAGAAGAACAUGGCAGAUGAGGAUGCGGUUAGCUGCCUAGUGAUUGGCACAGAGAACGGUGAUGUUUACAUAUUAGAUCCAGAAGCCUUUACCAUUCUCUAUAAGAUAUCACUGCCUAGUACAGCCACCCUAAUGGACGUGACGGGUCAGUUUGAUGUGGAAUUCCGUAUCACUGUGGCCUGUCGCAACGGCAAUAUCUACAUAUUACGCAGGGAUUCCCCAAAGCCCAAGUACUGCAUUGAGCUGUCUUCUCACCCAGUAGGACUGGUGAGGAUGGGAAAGAAUGUAGUUGUAGGAUGUACCGAUGAGACGCUGCAUGGUUACACUCAAAAGGGGAAAAAGCUGUGGACAGCUUAUUUGCCAGCCCCUGUUACCACCAUGGCACUGAUGGACCUCCCCACACGAGGAUUCCAGGCUGUUCUGGUGGGUCUGGCCAACUGUGAAGUACACAUGUACAGAGACAAAAAUCUGAUCAGCACCAUCAAAACACCAGACGUAGUGACAAGCAUUUGUUUCGGGCGCUAUGGACGGGAGGAUGGCACUCUGAUAAUGACCACCAAAGGAGGAGGUUUGAUCGUGAAGAUCCUCAAGAGGACGGCUGUGUUUGAUGACAGAGACUCGGCCCCUGGACCCCCAAUAGCCCAGAGCAUCCGCCUGAACGUGCCCAAGAAGACCAAGCUCUAUGUGGACCAGACUUUGAGAGAGCGUGAAAAUGCAGUUGCCAUGCACCGAGCUUUUCAGAUGGAUCUAAGCAGGCUGCGUCUAGCUGCUGCUCGUGCUUAUGUCAAAGCCCUGGAGUCCAGUCUCGCGCCCAUGUCUGCGAGCCUGACCGAGCCUCUCAAGAUGAACGCAGUGGUUCAAGGGCUGGGCCCAUCCUUCAAGCUCACUCUGAACAUCCAGAACACUGCAGCGUCUCGUCCGGUCAUGAACCUGGCCAUCAGUUUUCUGUAUGAUGAAAGUUUGUACAGCAUGAGGACAGCCUUCUUCAAGAUUCCCUUGCUGGUUCCAGGCCUGAAUUACCCCAUUGACACUUUUGUGGAGUGCUUGAGUGACAAAGGCAUCUCUGACAUCAUCAAAGUGUUUGUGCUGAGAGAAGGAAAGAGUGCUCCUCUCCUCACCGCCCACAUCAACAUGCCUGUGAGUGAAGGACUUGCACUGAACUGAGAGCGAGAUGUGUCGUCUACCUGAGCUACACAGGCGUCUUCAACUCUCGCUGUGCUCCUAGCAGCAGCAGUAGUUAGCAGCGAGGCUUCUCCAGGCAGCUGCCUGAAACGUCACAGGAGUAAGGAGAAGCUUGUGCUGGCCGUAGAGCCGGUGCUUCCUGUAGUUUAGAUCAGGAUCGAGGGAGGCGUGUCCUCACAGGUAAUACCUUUUUUUUGGAUAGUGACUGGAGCCUUUGAUUGACAGCUGUGAGGCCAAGUGCUCCAUAGUUCCAUGAUGUUUAUUUGUGGUAGUGAUGUAUAUUUGUAUGUAAAUUCAUAUUUAUUAUUCCUGAUGUAAUGAUCACACACAAACUCAAUUAUGAGACUUUUUUGACUUUUGUUUUAAUAUAAUGAUUCAUUACAUAAUCAGUGUAAUGGUUUAUGGGGGUAAUCUUGCAAAACCGUUCAAGGCAGAGAAGUAAAAGAUUAGGUGUGUCCCAAUCACUGAUCUAUAUAAUAGUCAUUAUAUACAGUAGAUCAGUGGUCCCAAUUCACAUACUUAUGCACUAUUCUAUGACGUUUUGUUGUAUAAAUAGUCUGAAGAGCACUUUAAAUACCUGGAUGAUGCACAAAAUUAACCGAAAAAACGAAGGUGGAAUGUUUAACCCUUCAUGCACUCAACUGUCCUAUCAGAGGGGCAUCAGAAUUCAAUGUUGAAUGACAAAAUAACCAUAUGAAAUUUAUACAAUACAUGGUUGAGUACAUAGUGCAUAGAGUAUAAGUGCAGUGUUUCAUCUGGGACACAACUAUUGUGUACUAAUUUUAAAGCACACACAUGAAGAGGCACAAGGGUGAAAGGUAAAGAGCAGCCAGAGCUGUUGACGACUGACCCUCCGCUAAGCCCUGUUACUGCUGAACACCAUAUUAUCAGACAAGCUUUUGCUCAUCUAUUCUGUAUGUCUAUGGAAUUCCAUGUGUUUUAAAGAUUUUAACCCGGUUUACGGGCAAUAUAAAUAGUGGCACGGUACCAAAAAAGGAUAGAGACAAUAUUUUUUUAUAUAUUUUAGAGAAAAAAAAUGGUCUGAGUGAGCAUCAGUAACCAAAUGGAGUGGGGCUUAGCUAAAGGUCAAUUCAUUCUCUCUCUGUACAGUGCAACAGUGCAAUCCAUUUUUCAGAAGUAUAUUUUCCUUUCAUUUCUCCCAUAGGGAUUUAGAAAAAAGUUUCCAUUAAAGCGUUAUAAGCCAUGAAUCAAGACAACCAGCUACAAGGUGAAUCAUAACAUUACAAACUUUGAUUUGAAGCAAAAAAGCAUUUGAAAAUCGGACUAAAAUAAAAACAUACAAGACUGUGCACUUACCAGCUUCAGUGACCUACAAUCCCAUGAAAAAUUGCAAACAGCAUAAUCAUUUAAAACGGAUGGAGAAAUGUGACACUGCUCAUUUAAAAAUGCUAAUUAUAUAUAUUAACAAUAUGCUUUAAGUGUAUUGCAAAAUAUGAACAUGUAUACAAAUAUUUAAGCAUUUUGAGAGCACAGGGAGACAGACUCGAUUGGCAGUGUUUCAUGGGAUUGGGCAGAACUAAUUUGAUCUUUUGCGUUUCGACUGGUGGAAUUUUCUGUAUUGCAUCAUGGGUGAUGCAGUUUUUCACCACAAACAGAUUAUUUUAAAACAAAGUAUAAUGCAGGCUAACCGUUAAUAACAGCACAGAGAAACGAUAACGUUGGAAUCACUUUCACAGCGAUUUUAUCCAGCUGAUGAAUGAUAAAAACAUUCACAGCCAGUCAGAAUUCAUCCUGCUGUAAUGAGCUUGAGCAUUUAAAGUGACAGACAAGCAGGCACUUCUAAUAAACAGAACAAAAUCAUCCACUGAUGUGGACGAUAAUAUAGUUAUCUUUAUAGUUAUCAUUCUUGGUGUGAACAGGCCUUAAGGCCUAAGGUUUAUAAGUUAUCUUAAGGUGGUGGUUGAGGAGAUUCCCCCUUCUAUGUAAAGUGCUUUGAGUGCUGAGAAACGCGCUAUAUAAAUGUAAUGAAUUAUUAUUAUUAUUAUUAUUAUUAUUAAAAAUCAAUUUUCCUAUGGAGAAAACGAAUGGAGUUUUUACUUCCUGAAACCCAACUGUUGCACUCGAUUUCACAGUUAUAGUCUAAACUUUUACUCAGACUAGUCAUUGGCAUAAGUACAGAUGUUCUCUUUGGCUCAGAUACUUUUAAGUUUUGCCUAUAUUUCUUGCAUGCUUGUAAACUUUAUUGUACA